AUGGUCUCCCUACUUUCGACGGCGCUGCUGCUGCUGGCCUCCAGCACGCAGCUCGCCUUCUCCCAAUUCGUGGCCGCGCCCAAGAACUUGACCAGCAAGGCCGGUUACGCAGGUGUGACGGUGCGAUACAAGUCGGUGCCGGCGGGCAUCUGCGAGCAGGACCCCGACGUGAAGAGCUAUGCCGGCUACGCCGACGUGUCGCCUGGACAGCACAUCUUCUGGUGGUUCUUCGAGGCGCGCAACGUGGACCCCACGACGGCGCCGCUGACCAUCUGGAUUAACGGCGGGCCCGGGUCGUCGUCGAUGAUCGGGCUCUUUCAAGAGCUGGGACCGUGCCGGGUCAACGAGGACGGCGAGGCUGUGAACAACCCCUACUCGUGGACCAACGUCUCCAACGUCAUCUUCAUCGACCAGCCCACCCAGGUCGGCUUCAGCUACUCGUCGCCCGUGCCCGGCUACGAGGACCCCAACUCGGGCUUCCUCGUCCAGCUGCCCAACAACACCUGUCCCGAAUACGCCAGUGACUGGGGCUGCGGGACCUACUCGUACUGGAACGAGUCCCUGACCGCGAACAGCACGCCCGCCACCGCGCCGAACAUGUGGAAGACACUCCAGGGAUUCAUGGGCGCGUUCCCGCAGUAUGCGAGACAGCAGAUCAACUUUGCGACCGAGUCGUAUGGCGGACACUACGGGCCUCUCAUGUCGGAGUACUUUGAAGAGCAGAACGCAAAGAACAUCACCGGCGCACACAACAUCCAGCUGGAGCACCUGCUGAUCGGCAACGGCUGGUACGAUCCGUUGAUCCAAUACCAGGCCUACUACAACUUCACCGUGUUCCCGGGCAACACAUACAACUAUGAUCCCUUUAACCAGAGCAUCAAGAACCAAAUGUACAACAACCUGUACGGGCCGGGCAACUGCUACGACCAGACGGUGGACUGCUACGCGCGGGGUGUCAACGAGAUCUGCACGGCGGCGGACGACUUCUGCGCCGAGAACGUCGAGAACCUGUACGACGUGUACCUGAACCGCGACGAGUACGACGUGCGCUACAUCAUGCCCAACCCGUUCCCGCCCACCUUCUACGUCGACUACCUCAACACGGCGCGCGUGCAGGCCGCCAUCGGCGCCUACGUCAACUACACGGAGAGCAACGCGGCGGUGGGCAACGCGUUCGGCAGCACGGGCGACGACGACCGCGAGAUCGGCACCGUCGAGGCCCUGCAGCGGCUCCUCACCCAGAACGUGUCGGUGACCAUGUACUUCGGCGACGCCGACUACAACUGCAACUGGCUGGGCGGGCAGGUGGUGGCGGAGCACGUCGCGGCGCCCGGCUACGGCAGCGCGGGCUUCGUCAACAUCUCGACGCCCGACGGCGUGGUGCACGGCCAGGUGCGCCAGAGCGGCGCCUUCGCCUUCGUGCGCAUCUUCCAGUCCGGCCACGAGGUGCCGUUCUUCCAGCCGCUGGUGUCGCUGGAGAUGGUGGCCCGCACCAUCGCGGGCAAGGACGUCGCCACGGGCAAGACCGCCGUCACCCCCGGCUACCGCACCGCGGGCGCCCCGGCCACGACGUACCGCGAGGGCAACGCCACCAUCCAGUUCUCCGUCACCCCGCCCGACGCCAUCUACAACACCACCACCAGCAUGCCGCAGAACUCGACGACGAGCAGCGGUGGUGGUGGCGGUGAUAAGUUGAUGAUGACCAAGCGUGCGAGAUAUAGUCUGAAGCAGGCCAAGAAGGUCAAGCGCGACAAGUUGGGCGGGUGGGCGAAAUAA